AUGCAGGCGAAGGCGCAGGAGGAGCAGAAGGGCGAGGAGCUGAGCCAGUUCCUGCAGGUGCUGGAGGAGGAGUUCGCCCUGUGUCAGGACGGGGGGCAGAAAAGGGAGGAAGAAGAAGAAGACGACCCAUGGUCGGCAAGUACCGAAGCGGAGGAGCUAGCAAAGCAGCGGGCGUACUACCUCCAGCUGAAGGAGGAGAAAAACGUCCAAGUGGAAGAAGCAAAACACGUCACGUCGUUACACCUGAGCAGGAAGUACCACCUUGAGCAUAGUAAGGUCCUUGGGAUGGCAAAAAAGUUAGAGACCCUCUACUACGUUGUGAAUCAUGUUAGAAGCUUCAACACGUAUCAGUUGACGGAUGAGGGGAAGGAGUACCUCCGCCAUGGGUCACCCGAAUACGUAACGUUGAAGUAUGUAGUAGAGCAGCAGACAUGUACCCUGGAGGAUCUGAAGAAGCUCUUUGGGAAAAAAGGAGAAAUCGGAUUGAACAUCAAUUUAAGGGAAAAAAAGAUACAACUUGGAAAAAGCGACAGAAGGUUAUACCCCCAUGUGGAAGGUAAGGCAGACAGUCUGGUAGACGAAACGAGACGCUACCUCGGCAUCGUCGAAACGCACGGACAUGAUGAAGGUACGCUUGUCUCACACCUAAAGGGGAUCCUUCCCCCCGAGAACCAGGACGAAAAGGUGAACAUCCUCAUCAGAGAGCUAAAGAAGAGAAAACUGAUGGAGGUGAAAAAGGUGUCCUAUAUGUACAUCAUACGAACUAGCCAUUUUAGAAGGGAAAUUAAAAAACAGAUUACGGAUCUAACCUACCAACUGAUAAAAAAUGAGGAAUACAAAAAAUAUGAAGUGAAGAAGUACAAUUUUUUUUCAAGUGGGAAAAAAAUAAACAAGGGAAACAUCCACUUGUUAAUCAAACAGAUGAGGACAUUCAAAGAUGUUUUUGUUUCCCUCGGGUUUGAAGAAAUGGAUACGCAUAAUUAUGUUGAAUCUUCCUUCUGGUGUUUUGAUGCUCUGUAUAUCCCGCAGCAGCACCCCAGUAGGGACCUCCAAGAUACCUUCUUUGUCCAGACGCCUGAAUUGUGCAGGGAUAACUUCACCGACAAGACCUACAUCGAUAAUGUUAAGCGGGUUCACUCCGUUGGAGACUAUGGAAGCUUCGGUUGGAAUUACCCCUGGGAAUUGGGAAGUACUAAGAAGAACGUCCUCAGGACACACACCACUGCCAACUCGUGUAGAACCCUAUUCCAGCUAGCCAAAGAGUAUCAAAAAACGGGUUCUAUAAUUCCUAAGAAAUAUUUUAGCAUAGAUAGGGUAUUCAGAAAUGAGAAUCUGGAUAGUACCCAUCUCGCUGAAUUUCAUCAAGUGGAAGGACUCAUUGUCGAUAAGAACUUGGGACUGUCUCAUCUGAUUGGAACUUUGGCAGCCUUUUACAAAUACAUUGGCAUUUUCAAGCUGCGCUUCAAACCGACGUUCAAUCCGUAUACGGAGCCUUCGAUGGAGGUAUACGGCUACCAUGAGGAGAAUAAGAAGUGGAUGGAGGUCGGAAACAGCGGUAUUUUCCGCCCCGAAAUGCUGCGCGCCAUGGGCUUCCCCCCGGAGGUGUCUGUCAUCGCCUGGGGUCUCAGCCUCGAGCGCCCCACCAUGAUCAAGUAUAACAUUCGCAACAUCAGGGACCUCUUCGGCUACCGCAGUGUGUUCUGA